UAGCAUAGAAUCUUCCAUUUAUCUGAAAAACCGUACAUUUCAUGACAGAAAUGUAGGUUAUCCAUUUAAAUCAGGCUAUAACGAAAAAAUUAAAAUGAAGACAUGAAGGAGAUGUGGCUACCUCACCGCAAUGCGGUUAUCAGGCACAGUUGUUUGCGUACACCAAUCCGCGACUAUGAAGGACCUCGGCCUGCCUCAGACGAUUUGUAUUACCUCAGUUUGAAAGCGCACUGUUCUGUUCGAGAGCCACAAUACAAUCAACUCAGGUACACUGAGUCCAUUGACCGCCAUGACAGAACUCAGGAAACCAAAAGUGACGCCGCAAUAAGCAACCUGGAGCUGGUUGUUCAGGGGAGGGAAUGCGCCUCUCCUGAGGAGGUGGAGGAGAGGCAUGGUGGUGAUGUCAAAGACACAUAUCCAGACUCAGACCCAGGACCCACAGCAUAUGGACCCCCACCGAGCAGUGAUGGAGGCAGUAGCAUGGCGUGGAUGUGGGACCGCUUCAAUGUUGACGACUACUGCCCUAGGCAAGAUCCAGAGCCUGAGGUUUUUAAGCCCAAGGCUGUGGAGGCCAAGCCCCGGGUGACCAAGGUGCAGCCCUUCCAGAUGACCCUGAGGGAGGAGGAGCGUCGGAGGCGGAAGCCCUCCCAGGCCUGGGAGGAGGUGAAGGUGGAGCUCGUGAAGCCCCCCCAGUUCAAGGCCAACCCCGUGCCCCCCAGGAGCCGCAUCGCCAUCUACCACAAGAUGGUGGAGGAGUGCGAGAGGCAGCGCAAGAUCCUGCACGACAGGCGCAUGAAGUUCCUCCAGGACAUGCAGUGCCCCUUCACCAGGCAAGACCGCCACCGCCAACGCCACCACACGGCAAAGGCCAACACCACCUCCUCCUCGGCCACCAGAAGUGCUGGUGGUAGCGUUACGCAAAACGCAAUGGCUCAUGAGGAGGAGAUGCCAACGUUCCAGCCCGCCAUCAACCACAAGGUGCCAGACUUCCCGCAGCUGCAGCGGUCGUUUGAGGUGAAGCUGAGGCAGGUCAGGCAGAAGAAGCAGCCCACCAUCCCUCAGCCGUUCAGCUUCGAGGCCAACGUGUCUGGCCAGAAGAUCAGCGGCGCCAAGGAGCUGCCAAGAAGUGUGAGGUGCCAUGGUGACACGAAGGCCACAACAGCAGCAGCACCUGCGAGCAAGGCAGUGGCUCCUCCCAGGUCACCGAGGAACACCAAGGCUACGAUGCUGCGAGACCAGGUUGUGAGGAAGAGACUGGCAUGUGUGGCGGUGAGAGGGGCAGAGGAAGAGAGGCAGAGAGACACCAGAGCCAUGCUCCAGAAAGAGAUUGGCAUGUGGGUUGCUGCUCACAACUGGAUCAGCUCUGCCAACAAGGAGAAGGCCCAGUAUUACAGGAGGGCAAUGAGGGCGCGCAGUGCUGAGUACCAGGCCCAGCUGACUGAGAUAUUGGACCGCGUCAACCACAGACCCUUGAUGCUCAACACCCUCUUUAACCCAUGUACUUCAGGUGACCACAGUGUCCUGAUGCAGGAGCCCUUCGUCAUAGAUGAGAAGUUCACUCUGGAGCCUUGGCCGACUUGUGACCACAGCAAUACCCUCAACUAAAGUCAGAACAGCACGCGCGCGCACACACGCACGCACACCAAUUUCGCUCUCCAAUAACCAAAACGAACUUCAGUCAUGAGUGCUUUUUUUCAAUACAAUACAAUUUUAAACCCUGUGGGUGAUUCUUUCAGAGCAUGUUCCAUAACAUACAAUAGUAGUGGCAGACGUUUGCACGAUGGGUCCUGCUUUCUCUGCAUUAAAAACUGAAAGAUUCAAGAUUC